CGGUUCCUCGGCUGCACUUUCCUCACACUUGCCACCCGCAAGUUCCACCCACCUGUGCCCAGUAGUGCGCCCACUAGCUCCACCCACCUGUGCCCAGCAGUGCACCCACCUGUGCCCAGCAGUGCACCCACCUGUGCCACUCUGCAGUGUCACACACCUGUGCCCAGAAGUGCCACCUGCCUGUGCCCAGCAGUGCCACCCACCUGUGCCCACCCACCUGUGCCCACCAGUGCCACCCACCUGUGCCCACCCACCAGUGCUGUCCACCAGUGCCACCCACCAGUGCAGCCCAGCAGUGCUGCCAGUCAGUGCCACCAGUCAGUGCCCAGCGGU